AUGAUGGGGAUUAGGAGUGAGAGACUUACUAAACUGGAACAAAGCGUGCCUCUUCAAGCUUAUUUGGAUGAUAUUCUUCAGGGGAGAUUCCAUUUGGGUCGCCUGACUCAAAAACCAAAUCAAAGAUUCUCGUGGUUAUCAAAUAAAAUGCUCAAGUCAAGAGAAGAAGUGUACCCUUGGAUUAAAUUAAAGGUGGGGAAUGGAGUCUCUUGUCGCUUCUGGGAAGAUAAUUGGAGCUCGUUGGGAAGAUUAUCUAGCUUUCUGGGGAUGGAGGGUCCACGCCAGGUGGGAAUAACAAGAGAUGCGAGGUUGGCAGACUUGUGGCGUCAGGGAGCUUGGAGUUUACCUCCAGCUAGAUCGGAGAAACAAGUAACUAUCCAACUCCAGCUAACGUUGAUACAACUCUCCUCUGAAACCGAUGAUGUGUAUGAAUGGUGGAUUGAUGAUGUGAUAAAGCAGAAGCACAACACUGGCAGUAUCUACGCGGGACUAAGGGAGCGCUUACCGUCGGUUCCUUGGCACGGAAUAGUCUGGACCUCUCGAGGUAUCCCUAAACAUCGCUUUCUAACAUGGCUCUUUGUUCUUAAUCGAUGCCCAACUCGAGAUCAUGAAUCGCGAGACCACCUCCUCUUUCAGUGCCCUUAUAGUUGGGAAAUCUGGACCUCAAUCUGUCAUCGUUGCUCCCAUACCCCUCACCGUACUUGGUCUGAUACUAUUGCUGAUCUCUGCAACUUUUCGGGAAAUAGACAUAAAAAACACCUUCUUAUGAUAGCUUGGCAAGCGACAAUUUAUACAAUCUGGUUGGAGAGAAACAAUCGACUUCACAAAAACAACUACAAAUCUGCUCCGCUAAUAAUCAGAAAGAUUGAUCUUCUAGUGAGGAACAGAGCAUCGAGUUUCAGAGACUCCAAUCCUUCCUUCUCGUCAAGCUUACUCCAAUUAUGGUUCAACGGCGAUGGUAAUCCCUAA